AUGGAAUCAGAGUUCUCAUCAGAGUAUCAGAACAUGGAUUUCCGACGUGAUUCAAUCGUUACCCGAUCAGUAUGGGCAUGCAACGUGGAGUAUGAGUUUCAGUUAAUCGGUUCAGUCAUCGGAGACUAUCCUUUCAUCUCUAUGGAUACAGAGUUUCCCGGCGUUGUUGUUCGUUCCGACCCUUCUCUUCUUCGCUUGCCGGAAAAUAACUACGCCACACUGAAAGCUAACGUAGACCGUCUGGACCUGAUCCAAGUUGGUCUCACCUUUUCUGACGCUGAAGGCAACCUCCCGAAAUUUGGAUCCUCUAAUUCCUUCAUCUGGGAAUUCAACUUCUGCAACUUUGACGUCACGCGUCAUCUUCACGCGCCUGAUUCCAUCGACCUUCUCCGUCGUCAAGGUAUCGAUUUUGAAAAGAAUCGCAGAUUUGGAAUUCACACUGCGCAUUUUGCUGCACUCAUGAUGCGUUCUGGGCUUGCGUGUAACAACAACAUUCACUGGAUUACUUUCCAUGGCGCUUAUGAUUUUGGGUACUUGUUGAAGGCGCUCACUGGCCGGCCUUUGCCUCAGAAUUUGGUUCAGUUUCUGCAUGUGGUGAAAAAAUUCUUUGGAGUUAGAGUGUACGAUGUUAAACACUUGUUGAAGUUUUGCCCUAAUCUUUAUGGCGGUUUAGACCGUGUUUGCAAGUCUUUGAACCUUGAUCGUAUGAUUGGAAAGAGUCAUCAAGCUGGAUCGGAUAGUUUGCUCACUUUACAUGCUUUUCUAAAGAUUAAAGAUACCUAUCUCCAGACACAAGACCAAAAUAGCAUGCUCAAGUAUGCAGGUGUUAUGUAUGGUUUAGAGGUGCCUUGA